GUUGAGAUUUCCUCUGUCAACUCCACAGUGCCAAUUCCCGAAACAGAUUUUUCCUGGCUAGUAGUGGAAAUAUAAACUGUCAUUUACAAAUCAUAUUAGUGGAAAUAUAGGCUACUAAGAUAUACACCAUGAAUGUCAGUGGUGUGCGUUUGUUGUUUUGCCUUCUCCUCCUCUGGCAAUCCACAUUCCAACAGACCUCAUCUAAGAAAAAGGGCGCAAAGAAAGAUGCUGAAAAUAAUGCUGCCAUUGAGGAGCUGAAGAAACAGAUUGAUAACAUAGUGCUGGAGUUGAAUCUAUUGAAAGAGCAGCAAGCCUUGCAAUCAGUUUGCCUGAAAGGCAUCAAGAUUAUUGGCAAGUGUUUCCUGGCCGAUGCUGCUAAGAAGAACUACCACACAGCCUACGAUGACUGCAUUGCUAAAGGGGGCACAAUCAGCACCCCUCUGACAGGGGAUGACAACGAUCAACUCGUCAACUACGUCCGCCGGAGCAUCGGCCCAGAGGAACACAUUUGGCUGGGCAUCAAUGACAUGGUGACUGAGGGAGAAUGGCUCGACCAGGCGGGCACCAACCUGCGCUUUAAGAACUGGGAGACUGACAUUACCAACCAACCAGACGGUGGCCGUACCCACAACUGUGCCAUUCUUUCUACCACUGCCAAUGGAAAGUGGUUCGAUGAGAGCUGUCGUGCUGAGAAGGCGUCUGUCUGCGAGUUCAACAUCGUCUGAGAGCCAACCACUUUUAUUCUGCUGUAUCAGUCUCAACAUCUACACUAUAUGGAAAUAUAAUGCAUGCACAAUAAUCUCUGUAAUAUCUGUAUUAUAACCUGUCUCACCACUGUGGUUUGAAAUGUGGAAAUGUGGAACCAACAUGAUUAAAAGUAACCUAUUUUACACAAAAAAUCAA